AGGACUGGAAGAUUUCGCCCAUGCUUGCUCCCAACUUCUCCAAUCUAGCCCCGGCUCUUGUGUUCACUGCGGAAAUGGACCCUCUUAGGGACGAAGGGGAGGUCUACGCCGCAAAACUCAAGAAAGCUGGAUGUCGGGUCAAGUUGACGCGCAUGAAAGGGGCACCUCACACAUUCAUUACUUUAGACGGCAUUUUGGGUUCGGGGAAGAAGUACAAUGCGAUGGUCAUCGAAGCGAUGAAGGGGGAGCUCGUAGAGUGAAUAACAAAGUCGGGAGAAGGGAAUAGCAAUGAGGCCAAUGUAUAGAACUGCGGGAUCAGGGUUUAUCCGGGACCAACACUUACCAUACCAUACUCAAUACCUGUCUAUUCCCCCGGGAGGUAACCGGUAUUCCGUGUAAUACCAGGACCGGGCCGGGAGAUUUCGGCAGUCCGCAUCGGAAGAGAGGGUCGACAAGUCCGACUCUCUUCAAUUGAGUGCGACUUUCUUUUUGCUUCUCUCCCUUCUUUUCCUCCGUUCUGCGAGGCGCUCUCCCAUUGCCAUUGAUUCUUAUCUUCUUUUGUGAUUUCUUUGCAUAGACUCUGUCGGUUUAGAGUCUCUAGCGUACCAAUUGAGUUUAAUUAGAGCUAGACCAGCGUCGGCAUUUGAAAUCGUCAUGUUGUCAUCCACGAACUCCUCCCGGGCGGUGCGCUCGAUGGCUUCCUUCGCAUCGCGAGCGGCCACCGCCAGCUCUCCCGCAAUCACCCGCGCUGCUUUGCGCUCCCCCGCAUCGUUCGGUAGCCGCUCGCUGAGCUCCAGUAGCCGACCUCUUCAACAAUUCCCCCGCCUUCAGUCCCUCAACAUCAUCGCCAACAAGAGAGCUUUUGGCACAACCGUCAGAAUGGUACACACGCAUUAAGGCUUGCUCUAUACUUCGGAAAUGGUGCUGAUGAUUGCUCUCUACCCCUCAUAGGCUUCCGCUCCCCGUACCGAAAGUGAUGCCUUUGGUGAAAUUCAGGUCCCCGGCGACAAGUACUGGGGUGCGCAGACCCAGCGGUAAGAGACCAUCGUCAACCCGCCGGCAAAACAAGCCCGCACAAACUCCAUACGAUAUUGCGGAGGACGCUGAUAUGAGGCGAUGACAGCUCCCUGGGCAACUUCGACAUCAACCAGCCCCAGGACCGCAUGCCCGCCGCCGUGAUCAAGGCUUUCGGUAUCCUCAAGGGUGCUGCCGCCACCGUCAACAUGAAGUAUGGUCUUGGUGCGUGAUACCUUCUUCUCCGAUAAAGGUCAAUUUGGUGAUGCUAAUACUCUUGCCAUAGACCCCAAGAUCGGCCAGGCCAUCCAGCAGGCCGCUGCCGAGGUCGCGGAGGGCAAGCUUCUGGACCACUUCCCUCUUGUCGUUUGGCAGACCGGCUCCGGUACCCAGUCCAACAUGAACUCCAACGAGGUCAUCUCCAACCGUGCCAUUGAGAUCCUGGGAGGCCAGAUGGGCUCGAAGAAGCCCGUUCACCCCAACGACCACGUUAACAUGUCCGCUUCCUCCAACGACUCCUUCCCCACUGCCAUGCACAUCGCCGCCGUCAUGGAGCUCGAGAACAGACUGCUUCCCUCCCUGAAGAGCCUGCGUGAUGCCCUGCAGGUCAAGGUGGAGAAGUUCCAGAACAUCAUCAAGAUUGGCCGUACUCACCUGCAGGACGCCACCCCCCUUACUCUUGGCCAGGAGUUCUCCGGCUACGUCGCCCAGCUCGACCGCAACAUCGAGCGUGUGCAGGCUUCGCUCCCCCACCUUCGCUACCUGGCUCAGGGUGGUACCGCCGUCGGCACCGGCCUGAACACCUUCAAGGGAUUCGACGAGGCUAUCGCUGCCGAGGUCUCCAAGCUGGCUGGUACUGAGUUCAAGACUGCCCCCAACAAGUUCGAAGUUUUGGCCGCUCAUGACGCCAUCGUCGAGGCUUCCGGCUCUCUGAACACCCUUGCUUGCUCCCUCUUCAAGAUUGCCCAGGAUGUUCGUUACCUCGGAUCCGGACCUCGCUGUGGUCUGGGCGAGCUGGUCCUCCCCGAGAACGAGCCCGGUUCCUCGAUCAUGCCUGGAAAGGUCAACCCCACCCAGUGCGAGUCCCUCACCAUGGUCUGCUCUCAGGUCAUGGGUAACCACGUCGCUGCCACCGUUGGCGGCAUGAACGGCCAGUUCGAGCUCAACGUCUUCAAGCCCGUCAUGAUCCACAACCUGCUGCACAGCGUGCGCAUCCUUUCCGAUGGCAUGAAGAGCUUCGAGAAGAACCUGGUCCACGGCCUUGAGGCCAACGAGCCCCGCAUCAACAGCCUCCUUCACGAGAGUCUGAUGCUUGUUACCUGCCUCAACCCCGUCAUUGGCUACGACAUGGCCUCCAAGGUUGCCAAGAACGCUCACAAGAAGGGUCUCACCCUGAAGCAGAGUGCUAUGGAGCUCAAGGCUCUCAGCGAAGAGGACUUCGACAAGCACGUUCGCCCGGAGCUGAUGCUGAGCCCCAAGGAGAAGAAAUAAAUGUAUUCAGCGGAUAUCGGGCAACUGAAGCGGGAUGAAGUUGCCUUGGUUUCGUUUUAGAUGUAGCGAAGAUUAGCAUUUUCUAUGUAUUCUGAAGAAAAUAUUACUGUACAAUUUUUGGUCUAUU